CAGAUGCAGCCGCUGCAAGCUCCAUUGUGAGCUGAGCGACCCGCAUUAACCCCACUCUGCCGACCCCAGCCCCUGAGCCGGAGCCUGCAGGCUGCAGAAUAACGUCCGGAUUGGGAAAUGGCUGCUGUGGAACCAGCUCAGCAGGACCAGAUGCAACGGGAGAUCGCCAUGGCUGGGAUGUGGGGCGAACCCCGUGCCUUGGGGGAAGGGCAUUGUGGGAUCCCCAUCCAGCAUCCCAAGAGGGAGGAGAGCGAGGCUGAGGAGCAGAGCCCUGGCUGGCCCUUGUCCCCGCGGACGCCGUCCCAGUCCUGGCUGGGAUGCUCGGAGAGGGAAGAUUCUCAAUUGAGGAUGGCGCAGACACCUGCCCGGUCUCGAGAAGGGGCAGACACUGCUGGCCUUGAGCAGGCGGUGCUGUCCCGUGACUGGCCUCAUGGGGACGAGGUUCCUUCAUUCACCCGGGAGGCACCUGAAACCUGCGGCUCCAUGGGGACAGGCCCCACCAGGGGCUGUGCCGAGGGCAAGGCAGCCGUUUCAGAGCAGGCCAGCGAGGAAGCCCAUCGCUUGCAGUUCCGCUCAGGCGCUGCCCAGCUCGGAGAAGCUCCCCGGGAGAUGCUAGCCCGGCUCAGCCGGGCUGCUCGGCUGUGGCUGCGGCCCGGGGAGCGCACCAAGGAGCAGAUCGUGGAUGUCAUCGUGCGGGAGCGGUUCCUGGGAGCACUGCGGGCGGACGUGCGGGCCUGGGUGACGGCGAGGGAGCCCCGUAGCAGCGAGGAGGCGGCUGUGCUGGCUGAAGCCUGCCUGGGGCAAGGGGAGUCGACCCAGCCUGCUCAGGGGGCGGUGACCUUCGAGGAGGUGGCUGUGUAUUUCACGGAGGAGGAGUGGGCUGUGCUGGACCCCAGUCAGAGAGCCCUCUACGGGGACGUCAUGCAGGAGAAUUACAAGAGCGUGACCUCGCUGGCAGGAUUUCUCAUUCCCAAACCUGAUGUGAUCUCCUGGCUGGAGCGAGGGGAAGAGCCAUGGGUCUCAGAUCCCCAGGGCUCCGAGGAAAGGGGGAGCCUGAGCGGUACCUGCAUAGGAUUUCCGGUUUCCAAGCCUGAUAUGAUUUCCCCAUUGAAAGGGGAGGGCGAGCCAUGGGUCCCCAAUCUGCAUGGCUCUGAGGAGAAGGAGAGCCCGCAGGGCGCCUGUGCAGCAGGGGAGGGUCCAGCCCAUGAAAAUGCUCAGCACCAGGGUCCCACACAAGUGGAGCUGCGCAGGACGCUGUCCGUGAAAUCCGAAGGGAACGUGUCCUGGAUGCCGACGCAGGGGGAGCCACACCUUAUGUCAUCAAUAAAAUGCGAAGGGAGUCAUGAGCAGGAGGACGUCUGUGCAAGCUGGGGCGGGUUGGAAGGGCAGGAGGGAGCCCAGCCCACUUCCCCCGGGGGAGGCAGCGUGGGCCACAAAUACAUCCAGGUCCUGCUGAGCCUCCAGCCGGAGCAGCAGCAGCAGCGGCCCUGUCCCGAGUGCGGGAAGAUCUUUGUUGACCACGCUCACCUCCUGCGUCACCAGCGGCUGCACGCUCUGGAGAAACCCUUCCCCUGCCCCGACUGCUGGCGGGGCUUCCUGCGGCGCUGCGACCUGUCCGUCCACCGGCGCUCCCACACCGGGGAGAUCCCCUUCCCCUGCCCUGACUGUGGGGAGGGGUUUCUGCGUCGCUGCGACUUGGCCGCCCACCGCAAGAGCCACAUGGGGGAGUGGCCCCACCAGUGCCCCAAGUGCGGGCGGCGCUUCCGCAAGCGCUCUGUCCUGGUCAACCACCAGCGCACCCACCUGCAAGACGAUCGCUACAAGUGCCCCGAGUGCGGCCAGGGCUUCAAGUGGCCGGGCCAGCUGGAAAUGCACCGGUACAGCCACAUGGAGGAGAAACGGCACACCUGCUUCAAGUGUGGGGAAAGCUUCAGCCAGCGCUCCCACCUCCUGGCCCACCAGGGCAGCCACCUUGGAGAUGCCCCUUACCACUGCGCCGACUGCGGGAAGGGCUUUGCCCAGCACCCAGACCUCAUCCUCCACCGGCGGAGUCACACUGGUGACCGGCCCUUCCACUGCCCCCAGUGCGGCAUCGGCUUCGGCCGCAGCUCGGACCUCAGGAACCACCAGAGCGUCCACGCGGGCCAUCAGCCCUACAAGUGCCCCCUGUGCGGGAAAGGCUUCCAGGAGAGGGCGCACCUGGCUGCCCAUCAGAAAAGCCACGGCGGGGAGGAUUUCUACCUCGGCCUUGCCGCAGUUUGGACGGGGUGAGCGCCAGCCAGCAUCUGGCUCACGGGUCAGGAGCCAGCAGCAGCCAGUCCUGGCCUAGCAACUUCCAGGCAAAGCCUCGAUUGGCACAGCUGCCCGCUGAGCUGCCACUGGGGAGGGGAUUAUCAGCGAGCCGCCUUGUGCCCGGAAGGCCAUUGCUGUUUGUAUUAGAGUACCAUCUACGCCCCAGCGUGCAUCGAAUAAAAUUCCUGCCAGAAAGUGUGUACCAGCAGUACCCAUGCUACUAGAUUGGUAUGCUACUAGAUUGGUAUGGUUUAACUUUG